CGCGCUUUCAAUAGAUUUUGUUCGAGGAAAGAGUUAAACAAAAAUGAAAAAAUAUUACAAAAAUAAAAACAAUAUUGGUACUUUAUUACCAUAUUUUAAGUCUUGUCCAUCGUGACAUUUUUUAACUCUGUUACUGCUUAUACCGAAAACCGAAUUGCAAGCGCAGCGGCAUAAUAUAAUAAUAAUAUUAUCGAUUGGACACAGUCUAUACCGGUGUCACCGUAGUAACCGGACGAAUGUUGGUGAAAGCGCGGUGUGUCGCGAGUUUAAACCAUGGAUGGGGCCAACGCGGACGUUAACAUGGCACAGGUCAGAGACUUGCAAGCGUCGCUAUUCCCGAUUUGUACGAAAGGGUCAUUUUUAAACAAUUUACUGAAUCGUACAUUGAGAAACAGUCAGGUGGACUUAAACGCGGACGGCGACCCGAGGCAGUUAGAUUCCAAAUUACGAGACGUCAAAGAAGUUUUUCCGUUGAUGAAAGAAGUAGAUUGUCCUUACCAAGCUGCAAGAUGGCCAAUGGAGUGUCAGGUCAUAGACGAUCCCGUUCUUCACGUCCACCCGACGUCUGCGUCUUAUUCAGAAAAAGAGCCUCUUUACAAGUUUACAGGCAGAGAAAUACAACCAAAACAAGUGGGCGAAGAUUCGGGAGAAGUAAUAUUCAAAUAUUAUCCUAUCAGCAGCGUGAACUACUUUUGUCGUUCAGCCGUUGGUGGUAGUGCGUGUACUCAAGCACAUAGUAGCCAAGACACAUCUGACUUGAUUUUUGAAUCACGUUUUGAAUCCGGUAACCUAGCCAAAGUUGUCAAAAUAACCAGUACGUAUUAUGAAUUAUCGCUAAGAUCGGAUAUGUAUACCAAUCGGCACACCCAAUGGUUCUAUUUUAGAAUAGAAAAUACAAAAAAAAACAUUAAAUAUAGAUUCUCCAUCGUCAAUAUGUAUAAGUCUGAAAGUCUUUUCACCGCUGGUAUGAAACCAUUAUUGUACUCAACGAAGGACGCAAGUCAAAGAAACGUGGGCUGGAGACGUUGCGGGGAAAACAUCGCAUAUUACAAGAACGACGCACCAAAUGGUGAUAGCGAGGAUAACCCACGUUAUAUCUUUUCAUUUCUCUUAGAGUUCCCACAUGAUAUGGAUAUUGUAUACCUGGCCUACAACUAUCCAUACACAUAUACGAACUUACAAGACUAUCUAAUAAAGCUCAAGGACGAUCCGGUUAAAGCGGUAUUUACAAAACUCAGAGUUUUGUGCCGAACAUUAGCUGGCAAUAAUGUGCAUUAUUUGACUGUAACGGAGCCUUGUCAAGAAGAAGAUCCAAAACAAAAAAAAGUUAUUGUUUUAACAGCACGUGUCCAUCCAUCUGAAACUCCAUCAUCUUGGAUGAUGAAGGGAUUUAUUGAUUUUUUGACCGGCGAUUCGUCACAAGCAAAGGAAUUACGGAAUCGUUUUAUUUUCAAAUUGAUACCAAUGUUGAACCCAGAUGGCGUGGUUGUUGGUAAUAGUAGAUGUUCGUUAAAUGGACGAGACUUAAAUCGGCAAUAUCGUAGCGUUAUUCGAGACGCCCAUCCGGUUAUUUGGCAUACAAAACUUAUGCUUCGCAGAUUAAUUGAAGAACGCCAAGUAGUGAUGUUUUGUGAUUUGCAUGCACAUUCGAGGAAGUCGAACAUUUUCAUGUAUGGAUGCGAAGGAAAAGGCCAUGAAGGGAGGAAACUACAGGAGCAAAUAUUUCCACUCUUGUUGCACAAAAACGCUCCAGAAAAAUUUUCAUUCGAAGAUUGCAAUUUCAAUAUUCAGCGUUCAAAGGAAAACACGGCUCGUGUAGUCGUUUGGCUGAUGGGCGUCGAAAACAGUUACACAAUGGAAGCGUCAUUUUGCGGUUCGUCUCUCGGUUCUCGAGCUAACACUCAUCUAGGUAUCAAAGACUUUGAAGAUAUCGGACAGACGUUUUGUGAAACCCUGUUGGACUAUUAUAACGAGGAUCCCCGAAAUGAAAGAAUGAAAUUGAAAAUAUGCAGCCGACUAAUGGAACAGGGCUCCAAUGCAGAACAACCAAAAAAUAUAGACAUAUCAGAUUAUUCGAGCGACGAGAGCUCAUCGAGUGUAUGCGAAGAAAUCGUUGACAAGUUGAGUUUUGAAGACGACGCCACAUCUCUGACGCAACUAUCAAUUAUUGUACCACCUAGUACACCAGUUGUGCCGAAACGAAAAUCACGAAAAAAAAAAAGAAAAUCAAAAGAUUGUAGUACGAAAAUUAUUACGCCGUAAUGCCCUUUGGCUGUUGUAAUUACUUGUAAAUCCCACAACGUUCUAAUCAGUAACAUUUAUGUACAGGGUAAUCUGUUUAAUGCUAUAAUAGUUAAUUAGAUAUUAUGUUGAAUAAUUUAAUGAUAUUUUCAGAUAGGUAGAUGAAAUUCUAUAUAUUCAAUAUAAUUAUGCCCUAUUUAUUGUUAUAGUAAGUACAACGUACAUUGUAAUAAAAAAAAAGUUGUAAGUAAUACAGUUUUCAAAUUUUUAAAUAGUAAGUCAUUUCUCAUUUUUAUUUUUUUAUUUUGAUUCUGAGGUUUUUCAUAACAUCUAUGCUUACAUUUUUUUCUGAAAAUAUUUAUUCAUUAAUUCUCAGUUUGAAAUAAAUAUUUAAUAUACAUAAUUAUUUUAUAAUUCAAUAAUUGGAGUGGGAUUCAAAUGUAAUUAUUUCUAAUCACUAUACUGCCUAUAUACUCCUAGAAUUUUAAAUGCGAAUGAUAUUAGUUGUAUAAACAUGUAGCUAAUACGUGAUACCUAUUCGUUUAAUAAUUAUUAACCUAAUAAAAUACAUUUAAAAAUUUCAGAAAAAUAUAUUGUAGCACAAUUUUCAAUAGAAAAUAUUGAUUAUUUAUUAAAUUUUAUUUUAAGGUUAUAAAUCAAUUUUUUGUUUGUAAUGAGAUAUUUUAUGACUAAAAUUAAAAUCAAUUUUUAAAAAUAUCACAAAUUAGUUAACAUUCAGAAAAAGUUCAGGUCCGACGUUAAAAAUAUCAGCCUGUAUAAAAACUUUCUAGAAAAUAAUGUUAGUUAAAUAUGGUUCAACAUUUCAUAUAAAAAUAAAUUCAAAUAAUGAUUUAAAAAUGUAUGUUAACAGUAAUAACAUAAUUCAUUAUUGCAUUUGUUAAGAAAUUACUGCCAUUGAAAAGCUAUGUUUUUCAAAUCUUAAUAUACUAAGCACUAUAUUAUGUCAAUAAAAGAAGACAUACAAUUUUAUACCUAAUUUUAUACAACGAAAAUAUUCAUACAUUUAUUUAACUAAAUUAAUUAAUUUGGACAAAUUGGAUUUAUUCUAAAUUAAGACAUCAUGUAUAAUAAUUUAUUUAAGAUAAUACAACUAAUGACCUCUUUUUAUUUAUUUUGAUUGUAUAUAGGUAAUGCUCAACAUGUACCAAUAAUAAAAUAAAUAUACUCAGUGCUUAAAUUGGAAGACACAAAUUAGUUACUUAAUAAUUUUUCUUACUUCUGUCAGCUAUUAAAAUUGUUUUAAUUUUCUUCGAAAUAUGGGAAUGUUCUAAUUAAGAUGAUAAUUAACCUAUAAAACUUUUUUUGAAUUUCAUUUUAGGCUUUGAUAAAUUGAUAUUUGUAACUUGGUAACAUAUCUAUGAUUAUUUUAUUCAUUGAAUUGUGUUUUUUAGUGUGUAAGUGUGUCAAGUAUAUCAAAUAAAUUAACACCAAAAAUAUUUUUUUUUUAAAUGAGCUUAUCCUAUA